AUGGAAUCUAACUCACAAACUUUACCACUUCCUAAAGCGGCUACUCCAGCUAACAGUCCAAAACUAGAGGGAAAUAACAAUACCACUACUGAGAGUAUAGAAAAUAAGAGCAACCAUGAAACAGAUAGUGAAACUUCUACGUUACCUUCCAGUCUGACGAAUACACAAGAACAACCACUACUCACUAAGGAGAAAUCACACCGAGUAGAGAAGAACAGAAGCAAGAGUAAUAAAACUAAGAAGGGUAAGAAAGGCAAAUCGAUAUGUUAUUAUGGUGAUUGUAUAAGUCCCAUAGCGAAAUUUAUUGGAGAAUGUAAGUUUUGUGAUAGACAGUUUUGUUCAAGACAUCGUUUAUUAGAGACACAUUCUUGUGAAGGUUUGGUAUCUUGUAAAGAGGAAAUGCAUAAGAAAAAUGCUGAUAAAUUGUCUGCUGAAAGAACUAAAAAUCAAAAGAUUGAAAUAUAG